AGUUGAAGACAACAUUGUUGACGCAUUGGGCGAGUGACGCAGCUGUCGCCCCACUUGAAUGUCCAUUAGCAGCAAACAUUUCAGGCGACAGUGACCAACUCUGUUUCACUGGAAUAAGUCAGCGUUAGUUGUUCGGCUUAGAUUGAAAACAGACAGAAGCGCAUGAGUUGUACCAGAGGCGCAAGCAGCGGCUGAGCUAGCAGCAACAACCACCGAACGCAACAGGCGCUCUUUCCUCCCCUCCCCACCGCUCCUUCCUCCUGCUCCUACACCAACCAUGCCGUUCCUGCUCCUGAAGUACCUCCCAGCUGCCGCCGCCGCGGGCGCCUUCGCAGCGGUGGGCGGUGCGGGCUACCUGCUGGCUCAGCAGCAGCAGCACCAGCCGCUGUGGCUGCGAGGGGGGCCGCAACCCGAGGGUGAUGAUAUCGAGCUGCUGGAGCGGCCUCCCCCCCGCGGCACCCAGCUGGAAAGGCUGCGGGGGGGCACCCGGGAGCGCCCCUUCGACGUGCUGGUGGUGGGCGGGGGGGCCACCGGGGCGGGGUGCGCGCUGGACGCGGUGACAAGGGGUCUCCGCACCGCCCUGAUCGAGCGCGAGGACUUCUCCUCCGGCACCUCCUCCAAGAGCACCAAGCUGGUGCACGGGGGCGUGAGGUACCUGGAGAAGGCGGUGUUCCAGCUUGACAUCCGGCAGCUGCGGUUGGUGUACGAGGCGCUGCACGAGCGCUCCACCAUGCUGGCACUGGCGCCGCACCUAGCCACACCGCUGCCCAUUCUCACGCCCUGCUACAAGUGGUGGGAGGUGCCGUACUACUGGGCCGGACUCAAGGCGUACGACCUGGUUGCCGGCCGCCGCAACCUGGUGCUGUCCCGCUACGUGGCGCCCGCGGAGGCGCUGGACAUGCUGCCCACCCUGGCGGCCCGGCAGCAGGAGGGGGGAGGCGGACUCAAGGGGGCGAUCCUGUACUACGACGGCCAGUUCGACGAUGCGCGCUACAACGUGGGGCUCGCCUGCACCGCUGCGGCUGCGGGCGGGGUGGUGGCGAAUUACGUGGAGUGCAAGAGCCUCAUCAAGAACCCCGACGGCAAGGUGGUGGGUGCGGUGGUGCAGGACCGACUGGGCUCCGAGCCGCCCUUCGAGGUGCAUGCGCGGGUGGUGCUCAACACCACUGGGGCGUUCGUGGACAGGUUGCGGCACAUGUCUCAGGGCCCGGACACGCAGGACAUCAUCCAGCCCUCCGCGGGAGCGCACGUGACGCUGCCAGCAUACUACGCGGGAGGGGCGCGCAGCGGCAUCAUCAUACCCAAGACCAAGGACGGUCGUGUUGUGUUCAUGCUCCCUUUCCUUCACGGCGUCAUCGCGGGCACCACGGACGCGCGCUGCCCCCUCACGCCGCACCCCACCGCCAGCCCGCAGGAGGUGGAGUUCAUCCUGGGGGCGCUGCGGGACUACCUGGACAUUCAGGUCCGCCCCGCCGACGUGCUGUCCACCUGGUCGGGCAUCAGGCCCCUGGCGGCCGACCCGCGGGCCAAGGACACGCAAAACACAGUGCGGGACCACGUCAUCGUGGAGGAGCCGGACGGCAUGAUCACCGUCAGCGGCGGCAAGUGGACCACCUACCGUCUCAUGGCGCAGGAGGCGGUCGACGCGGCGGUGGCCACCGGGCGCAUGCCGGUCAAUGUACGAGGCUGCCGUACGGAGCGGGUGCCGCUGCUGGGGGCGGGGGCGGAGUACCGACACACGCUGGCGGCGCAGUUGGCUCAGGACUUUGGGCCCCAGGCGCAGCAGCAGCAGGAGGUGGCGGCGGCGGCCCAGGUGACCCGUGGGUCGGCCGCUGCCUCGCCGGCCUCCCCUCCGGCCCGGAAUGUGGUCAUUGACGGCACCACUGCGCAGCACCUGGCUCAGGCGUACGGCAGCCGGGCUGGCAGGGUGCUGCAGACCGCUGAGGACCACCACCUGGGCGGCCAGCUGGUGGCGGGACACCCCUACCUGGAGGCGGAGGUUGUGUAUUGCGUGCGACACGAGUACUGCCAGACGCCCGCCGACUUCCUGGCUCGCCGCACGCGCCUAGCCUUCUUGGACGCACGGGCGGCUCUGCGGGCGCUGCCCAGGGUGGUUGAGCUGAUGGGUGCGGAGUGCCGCUGGGACGCAGCCACGCGGGCCGCCAUGAGCGCCAGCGCCCGGGACUACCUGGCCACAUACCUGCCGCCCACACCGGCAGCAGCAGCAGCCAAGCAGGAAGCUGGCGAGGUGGCGCAUGCGGGCUGAGGAUAGCGUCGGGGAGGGGGAGGAUGUGCUGUUGGCUUGGCGUUGGUUGGUUGCUAAUGUGCUAUCGUCAACUGCUGCUGCUGCGGCCACCGCUGCAGCAGCAGCCUUGCAUGCAGAGGCCAGCUGGCUCCCAUGUAGCAGUCAGAGAUGUCUGACUGGGAGAGGGGCUUGUCAGAGAAUCAGCGGUAGGGCGAUGUGGACUAGCCUGAGGCUGUGUGUCGCAUUGAGAAGCCGGCUAUAUGCGUUGCUAGUAUCGUUCCGCGUUGUUGCUUUUGUUUCCUCCUUUCUUUUUGCGAGCUUUGGCUAUGCGAUGUGUUCCUUCAGAGCAUUACCACCACCACCAUCGAACGUGGACGUUGCCGUGCCAGUAUUUGAGUUGUAUUGGCGGGUAGUCACACGUUGCGCGCCUUCGCCUUGCUGCACUCCUUGUGUUGCCGCAUGGUUGCAUGGUGGUCGAAGAAGUGCGGCAAGACAAUUGGUAUUCCUGUAGU